CUGCCUGAAGUGAAGGCUGCAAAAUUCAAUAACACUUUGACUCAUCAACCUCACACAUCCGAACGUCGAUAUCUCGCAACGUUAAGCAUCCCUUAUGGGUAUGCGCGUUUCACAUUAUGGAUUUGUCAACCACCAAUGAAUCACCAGGCGUCUUCGAUUUUCUUAGGCUCCCACGCGAACUUCGCGAUCUCGUCUACUCUCUACACCUCUCGAAACCAGGCAAGGUUGGCUAUGAAGGUGACGAUGACUACUGUGUCCAACGCACCGACGAUCAACCUGCUAUCAAACCCACCAUUGGCAUCAACAUUCUCCGUGUCUGCAAACAGAUCUAUGACGAGGCAGUCACCUACGCCUACAUUGAUCGUAAAUGGGCAAUGGGCUAUGCACUCAGUCCUUAUCCAGGAGCCAUCCAUUGUGCUCAAAGAUUGUCUUGCAUUCCUUCGAAGACGGCAGAGAGAGUUCAACAUCUUGGCCUCGACGUGACGGUCUACUUAUACGAGUCGGGUGGAAACGUUGCUCCCGUCGAUAUGGGUGGCCUCUUCAAGAUGAAGUCACUCCAUACUCUCGAGCUGUUCCUAUUUUUCGAUUGCGAUUCCAAGGCGUCUCAAAGCUGGCUUGGAGGUGGUGCCAGAUAUCGUACCACUCCUCUUCUCAUCGGCCUGGUUCGCCAGAUCCUCAGUCAAAUACCGGUCCAUGUCAGAAAAAUUAUCUGGCUCUCCGCCUUUAGAGAUGACGGCGGCUUUUCGAUUGGGGGCGAGCUGGACCAUGAUCUGUUCGAGAUCGCCAAAACGUACAACGGCAUCAAAGGCUGUUCAUAUCAAACUACCUGAGAAAUAGGACGAUGAAACAAUUACGAGACUACCGAGGACAAGAACUUUGAAUGACCUCCGCCAAGCCACUCAAAGCUGUUGUCUCCAUCAAAGAUGGACUAGUGAAGUGGUAGAAAGAACGAGUGUUGUCGAUAAGGAAGAGUAGCCGAAGAGAAGUACUGGAAUUGGCGGUGUCUUGUUCCGCACAUGUGAGUAACUUGAUGUCUCCAACGAGUGGAGAGGUUAUGUGAAACUUAGCUCAGACGUUUCGGCUCGAAAUUUUAGUUUUACAAGCACGUGUGUUGGU